AUGGACGCGGUUUCAUGGUCUUCCGGAGCGUUAGAAUACCGGAUCCACUAUCCUGCAAAAUCAGAUGUCAUCGUGGUACCCAGUAGGCCAGUCACAUUCGGCAAACUUAGAAUGAGUGUGCAGUACCCUAUUAGUGCCAAAGACCUCAACGUCAACCACCUCUCGUUCUGCCCCCUUGAAGCGGCACUGAUAGUGGGCCUUGAUGCGGCAAACAGUGUGGAUGUUGAUAUUAGUACAAACAUUGCGAAGAUGUUUGGGAGAACCCGUUGUAGUCCCGAACGAGGCUUCUGGACUCUGGAGCCCGACCAAAACCAGACACAAACAUCACAUGAUGUCAUAAGUGACGUCAAUGUACAUCCCGCAAAACUGAAACCCGCACCAAAAUUAUGGAACAGCCGAACCAUCCGUUUCAAAGGAUCAUUACACCAAAAAGACUUCAAACAAGAAGAAGUAACCAUCAAAGACGGACAUAACGGCACAUUUACCCUUACAAGACCUAACCAGUUUUUCAAGGAUAUUGCGGACAUCAAACAGUACCAAAUUACCAUAGGCGAUGAGCAAGUCGAUGAACCUCACGUCAUCCACGUCAUGUAUGACAGAAAAUUACAUGGAACGUCACUAUGCCCGUACUUGGUUUUCAAAGGCACGCAAGAAGGACAAGCAUUGGCCCUUGAACGCAAAGACUAUAUGACAGUAACCGCUGCUAUAGACAAAAUGAUGCAGAACGUACCGACCUACAAAGAACAAGUAAAGGAAAAAGACAUUGUCGAGGGUGAAGAGACAUUAUUAUAUUUCCUGAGUUGCUACUAUAAACACUACGAGUCGUCUGGUGACGGCAAAUGUUCCUGGUGA